AUGUGUGGUUUUCUGAUCUCAGCAUCACGUCAUAAUGCGGUUCUGGAUCGUGGCUACGCGGAAUUCCAAUUCCUCUACACCAACACCACCGACUCUGGGGAGUACGUCUGCGUCGCCAAGACCGCCAACGGCUCUGCCCAAUCAACCAGUUGCAGUCUCACCCCUGACACGAAAAUCGAGGGUGUUACUUCUAAUUCCCUCAUCGCGUGUAGGAUUGUGCCAGAGGACAGUGUGGUGACAGACUCGCAGCUGCCCGAUGAGUCGAUGAUCAUGAAUCUAGCGGCCGUGGAGAACCAAUUAGCCAUGAACGGGACGCCCAGGCGUGAGGAGGAGGUAAAGUUCACCUCGCCCCCUCAAUUCCUUCGCCCACUACUACCGCAAAUUGGCCUGAAGGAGAAUGAACGCGCCAAGUUUGAGACUUUCGUUCAGCCCGCCAACGAUCCCAGUCUCAUUGUUGACUGGUUCAAGGAUGGAGAACCUCUCAAAACUGGUUGUCGGUUUACCGAGACAAUGGAUCGCGGCUACGUGAUUUUGGACAUUCACUACACCUAUCCCGAAGACAGUGGACAGUAUCAUUGUGUAGCAAAGAACAAUGCUGGCUCGACGCCUAGCAACGUUGUUGAAUUGAACUGUAAGGGUGGCAUCGGCAUCGUGACGGACUCAGUUCUCUCGGCUGAAUCUGUACACUACCUUCAAAGCCUCGACGCUCUCGAGAUUUCAACAUCGCAAGACCAACGCUACACAGAGGCCGAGCAGCACCCAGAACCGCCGAGCUUUGAAUUGGAGCCAAAGAACACUACUGCCAUCGAGGGCUCUCCAGUGCGUCUCCUCGUCAAGGCUGGUGGGUACCCACAUCCUCGUGUCCAGUGGCUCAUCAAUGGCGACGUACUGCCCACUAGCGGUGGUGGUGGCGCAUGGCGCAUCUACAAUGACGGUGGCAUCAGCUGCCUGGAGUUUAAUCGUUGCGGACCGCCUGGAGAGUACACAGUGACUGCAGUGGCGAAGAACAACUUGGGCGAGGCCGCAUCCGAGUGCUCUCUCGUCAUCGAUCCACAACCCGACUACCGACCCGACCUCAAACACGUCGCGCCUGGUCAGUCACCUCCCCUUUCCACCCAAAAUGGAUACUUUUCUCCUGUCAAACUAGCCCGAGUCAUCCCACAAAGUGAAGGAAACGUAGAGUACCUUUCACUGUUAACUUAUGGAAGGGCUGGGAGACUAGUAGUGUUAGGGAUGGUAGAGAGAGCACUCUGUCCAAUUCGAGGGCUCCUUGUGGUGGUGAAACGAUUUUAUGCCACAACACGAGUGUAG